UGUAAUAGCUGCUAAUAGCUGUCUCAUAGCUGCCAAGCAAGUGGCUCUCCUUGUUAUUAAACAUGAAAGCAAGCCUACGCUCUGUGUAUCUUUCCCUUCUCCUCUUUCUCUUCACUCAAGAUGGAGUCAAGGCUGUCUGCCCACCCAACACACCUUCUCCCCCCGUCCCUCUUUACUUCGGAUUCAUGACUGCUGUUGAUCCACAGAGUGACUAUGUACUGGCGGGUAUUAUUCCUGCUGUAGAUCUAGCACUGGAGCUCAUUAACAGGAACACUAGCAUACUACCAGGAUACGAGCUCAGUUACAAUGGCACCAUUUACGAUAGCAAAUGUGAUCACAGACAAGGUCUUAAUGAAUUCUUUGAAAUGAUAUCUAGUCGCACUCAAUACGUAGCCGCAGUAGCAGCUGGUUGUUCAGCUGCUACCCUCCCGGUAGCAGAAAUAUCUCACUAUUGGAGCUUACCUAUAGUGUCCUACUCUUCAGCGGCUGCUCAGCUUAGCGAUAGAACCACUUUUCCCUCCUUUUUCAGGACCUAUCCAUCAGACGGGAACUUUGUGCCGGCUUUUGUUGGUCUCGUGAGAGGCUUGGGCUGGAAAAGAGUUUUUAUAUUCACCGAAGAGUCUCCACUUUUUACCGGAAAUGAACGCUCUUUAUUUGAAGAGUUGACAGCAGCUGGUAUUUAUAGUCAGUCUCAAACAUUUCAGUCCAACGACACUGCAGCUGGGGUCAUCCGUGACGUCAUAAAUACAAAUGGUCACAAUGGAACUCACAUUUUCUUUAUAAAUGCAUAUGCAAACAGCGCCAUUGCUAUUCUCUGUCAGUUUUAUCAUUUGAAUAAGCGCUAUCCAAACUAUGCAUUCAUCACGUUCGGAUGGUACCAGACUCGCUGGUGGGACAUUGAUGCUAAUCCCAGUAUUAACGUACCCUGUACCACUCAAAAUCUACAGACUCAGUUAGACAGAGUGUUGAUACUGCAACAAUUGCCACUCGCACUAAAUGGGUCUGCCCCUACAAUUAGUGGCCUAACGGCAGACCAGUUUGAUGCUAGGUAUAGAAGUCGCUUAAACGAUACGGAAUACAUCAAUCAACUACCUCCAUCAGUUUAUAACCCAAUCCCUGACGCCCUGACAGCCUUUGAUGCACUGUGGUCCCUGGCACUGGGUCUUGAUAGAGUUCAGAGGGCAGUGUGUGCUAAUGAGACCUUAGGCUGUAAUGGUGGACCACUAACAGAGCUGGAGGAUUUCAUGUAUUAUAAUGAUCAGGUCGAGUGUAUGAUUAAUAAAUCGAUGAAUAUGACUGGAUUUGAAGGAGUCUCUGGAUAUGUAGAAUUUAAUGCCAAUGGCACUCGUGUCCAAGAAGCAUUCACAAUAUUUCAGUAUCAAGAGAAUACAGUGAGAGUGUUAAUAGGGACGCUUAGUCUGGCUGAUAACAACACCUUUAGAUAUAGGAAUGACACAGCCGUAUGGCCUAAUGGUAUACCACCUGAUGGUACAGAGAUAAAGAUUAUUAAUACCAUCCAUGUAUCCCUUAAUGUCAUAUUUUAUACUGCAGCUAUACUGGGGGCAGUGUUUGCAAUUGGAUGUCUGGCAUUUAAUGUCUACUUUAGGAACAAAAAGAUCAUUAAGUUGACAAGUCCUAAUCUUAACUACACAAUAGGUGCUGGCUCAUUGGUAAUGUACUCAUCAGUCAUAUUCCUAUUACUGCCUGGACUGGACACAUACAGCCUUCACCUCAGAUGUAUUGUUGGUUAUUGGCUUGCAAUGAUUGGUUAUAUCAUUGCAUUCUCUGCUGUGCUGGCUAAAAUGUGGCGAGUGUAUUACAUUUUUCACAACCCUACUGCUAGCAAAAGAACGCUUAAAGAUUGGCAUUUGCUUGUUGCUGUUGGUGUAAUUACGUCAAUAGUUUGUCUCAUACUGAUAAUCGGUGAAUCUAUUCCACAAACAAGACAUGAGCCUACACUAGUGGUGGAUAGAGAGACAGAAUCAACUACUAAUGAGUUUGAUGUGGUAGUCAAUUACUGCACUUACUCGUGCUAUCGCUCAACAACUUCUGUUGCUUUCCAAGCAUUGAUAAUGGCCAUGCUCUUUCUCCUUCAGGCCAUUGGUAUAUUCCUUGCAUUCCAGACUAGGAAAGUGAAAGUGAAAGUAUUAAAUGAUGCUAAACAAGUCACUGCUAUUAUAUAUGUCACCAGUGUCUGUGUGGUGUUAAUCAUUAUGACGACAUUCGCUCUCGGCAGUUUUUUGAAUACAAGUUCAGCUGUGUUUAGUUUGAGCAUAGCAGCUGCUUCCACUGCCUUCUUGAUAUUAAUAUUUAUACCAAAGAUGUACAAUUUGUACAAAGACCCAGACGGAGAGAACAUCUUUACAGGGACUCACAGCUCAGCAGCUGUCCCUGGGAUUGCUGCAGGAGCAGCUUCCAUUUUAACCGGCGUCCAACCAGGCAACUCUUUCUUGCUUAGGAAAGAAAGCAUAGGGAUCAACAUGGCUCUUGCUACACUGGGCGACGAUCCAAAGGCGACCAUAGCUGUCCUUGAAGCAAAAGUGUUAGAACUUGAGGAAGAAUUGAGAAACAGUAAAAUGAAUCCAGGAAAUCCGACAAAAAGAGGCAGUUUAUUCCCUGGCUUCAUGUCAAAGAAUGGCUUAGGUAACAACCGAAGCAGUCGGGACAGCACAACCGAAGGAAGUCGAGCUUCGGUGACUUUCGAACAACCGAAAGAUAAUUUAAACGCUGCGAAUUCCAUGACAUCUCCGCCAUCUUCAGUCAUCAGAGAAAGCAGCGAAGAAAUUGAAGAGGGCAGUGAUGACAGAGAUAAUACGAAUGUGACUAGUAAUGGGAUGAAUGGUAAUGGAGUGAGUAAUAGUGGCGACUGUGUGAAGAACAAUGAUGGUGGGAAAAAUGAAGAGGAGGGAACUGCCAAGACAAGCAGAACUGAAACUAACCUCUAAUCAAAUUAUUUUAUGAAUGCUGCAGAUGCAACCACAAACACACACACACACACACAUACAUACCCUAAUAAAUGAAUGCUU